CCAUAUCUGCACCCAGAUCUCUUGCCUCUCUCGCACCCUGCGUCUGUCUCGCAGUUUUCCAGCAUCGUCCAGCCGUCACACUCACUCUCAGGACGACACUGGGCAGAAGCAACAACAUGGCUUUACGAAUGAAGGCUUCCAUGUUCGUGGGACUUUUCCUGCUUUCUCUGGCCUGGAAAGCCUGGGCCACGGUGCAGGUGAACAUGGAGGACAGAGUGGAGGUGUUUCUGGGGGACACGGCCCAGAUCACAUGCAUGUUCACGGUCUCAGACAGCCCCGACAACGUCAUUAUCCAGUGGUACAUGAUCACAAAGACCAAUGUCCGCUUGAGGAUCUACUACGGAAACAGCACCAUGCAGGUAGUCGACCGGGGCGGGCAGUUCACAGACAAGAUCAGUGUGAACGGGAUGGGGAAUAGCAGCGAGGUGGUGCUGACCAUCAGGGACGUGAAGCUGGAGGAUGAGCUAGAGUUCAUCUGCCAGGUCAACGAGAUGUCAGCCGGUAGCGAGGAGGGACGCACUAUGCUCAAGGUGUUCGUGUCACCUGAUCGUCCAAUCAUCACGGGGGAGGAAUCUGGGAUCUCUGUCAGCAAUGAGAACCCAUCAAAGAUGGGGAGCUGUGAGGCUAAGAACGGCUACCCCAGGCCCAACAUCACUUGGUACCGUGACCGGGGCUCACUGCAGAACACGCCAGGCGAGGUCAGUGUGAUGACCCUGGUCACCAAGGAGUCCAGUGGUCUGUACACUGUCCAGAGUGACCUUCACCUGAAUGUCGUCAAGGAAGACAAGGAUUCGUUCUUCUACUGCGAAGUCAGCUACCUCGUCCCUGGUGGAACCAAGAUGACUGAAACCAACAAGAUCAACAUUACUGUCUACUAUCCAACCACUUCUCUUGAUGUGUGGGUGGAGUCACCAAAGGGGCGUGUCAAAGAAGGAGACACAGUUGAGGUUCAUUGCCGUGCCGACGGGAAUCCUCAACCACCCUUUACAUUCAUGCACAAUAUGGAGGAGCUGAAAUCUGAGCCGAACGUAUUGGUCCUGAAAGACGUGACGCGGCAAAGCAACGGCAACAUCACGUGUACAGCACUGGACCUGGACACGUAUGAAGAAAUCCUAGGGCAAACAGAGCUCUUCGUCGACUAUCUGGACCCGGCUGUGUUGAUUCCCAAAGACACCCAUGUCAUGGCCCAGGGAGAGGAGCUGAGGGCCACAUGCAACGCUCUGUCCUCCCUGCCCACACACACCGUAUGGUUCAAGGAAAAAAAGUUGCAGAGGGCCCACACACUGACCCUGAAGGACGCUGUGUUUGACAUGGCGGGGACGUACGUGUGUGUGGUGAAGGUGCCUUCACUGGGAGGACUGGAGACCAGUGGCUCUUUACGUGUCUUCGUACAGGGACCCCCAGAGAUCAAGAAGUCAGCAGACCCAGUCCAGGAGGUGAGCCCAGAGAAGUCCCAGAACCUGAGCUGCCACGCUAGAGGAUACCCAACCCCUGUUAUCACCUGGAGCUCCUCUGACAAAUCACAGGUCCUGAAGUUGUCCCAAAGAGAGACAGUGGACGAGGUUCUCAGUGUGGUGAGCGUCAAGGUGACCUCUGACAUCACAGCCUACUGCAACGCCUCCAACGAGCACGGCACAGUCUCCGUCUCCUUCAGCCUCAAAGCCAUUGUCCAAACGACCUCGUCAGCUCUCAGUACUACAGUAACGACUCCAUUAGUUCCAGUAACAGUGGUAGCUCCAGUGACAGUAACAACAGUAACCCCAGUAACUCCUCCGAAGAGAGUCAAGAAAGAGGGCAGCGGUGUGGUCAUAGCUGUCAUCAUCAUCUGUAUUCUCCUGCUGGCUAUCCUUGGCAGUGUGCUGUACUUCCUGUACAAGAAGGGCAAGCUCCCAUGUGGGCGUUCGGGCAAGCAGGAUCUUACCAAACCGAAUAAGGGCGGCAUAGUGGUGGAGAUGAAGAGUGACAACACAGAGGAGGCCGUGCUUUUAAGUGUCAACGGAGACAAGAAACCUCCUAGUGACCAGGGUGAUAAGUAUAUGUACGUGCAGAAGUGAGCGUAGGUGUGUGAGGGGGCGACUGCUGCAGCUGCUCCCAGGUCCAGUUCACUCUCUCAGGG